UUUUACUUAUCCCAUCUUUGAAAGAGGCAGCUGCAAACGGUUUAGAAGGAUCAGCAGUGAAUGCUGCUAUAAACUCCCUUGUGAAUAUGGAGCGCAUAAAGCCGGGGUCUUCAGAAAUCAUUGUCAGAAGUUUACUUCAGAGAAUGUCAAGUUCAAAGGAACCUUCUCUAAAGGAUCUUCAGGAACUUGCGGCUGCUUUAUUGUCGAAGGGCAAAACCACCACUGCUGAA